UGAUUGGCGUGUUGCUCGUAACCUAGGAAGCGUUGUUGGGAUAUAAAGCCGUUUUAUAUCCAGAGAAAACACUAUGGACUUUUAAGAUAGCUUAAGUCUUGCCGACCAGCCUAACUUUCCCCGUUGUCACCUCGGCAGAUCAUAACCACAGUACAGAAUAUAGCAGAAGCAAUAUGCGAUAACGCUAACAAGAACAAGCUGUAUGGUUAGCCACCUAGCCGUCCGUUGAGUUUUAAAUGAUCAUCAGAUAGCCAACUAGUUAGCUAACCUGUCUUAGCGAAGUUGUUUUUCUGUAUCGUUUACUUGAUUAUAGUCCAAUGUUAAGCAAAUCCUGGCUAAGUCUUUCUAGUUGGUGGUCACAAUACCAUUAGCGUUAGCUACCUCCGACAUUAGCUAGCUGUUCAGCUAAGACUUGCUUCAUGUAAUUCCGGCAGUUUCAUUACUAACAUCACUUGGCCAGUACCCUGCGCUGCCCUGUUCAGAGGUGAGGUUAGGUGCGGGUCAGCAUGGCCGGUUUGGGCGUGGGUACGGGCGUGUGCCUUAUUGCGACCGUAUGGAUUGUGACUUUCGUACUCAGCCUCAUUCUUUCUCGCACCGCUGGUCCAACAAAACUAGGGAUCAUCCCCAUUGUGUUCCUCGCUCUCACCGUCACCUUGAUCCUUGUGCUUUUCCCCCGUGCCCCUGAAGCGCCGUCCUCUGUUAAAGAAACCGAGAUAGUGGACGCCUUCUUCAUCGGCCGCUACGUGCUUUUGUCCGUAGUCAUCGUGGUGUUCCUGGCAGCUCUCUUCAUGCUAUUACCCUUGUACCUCCUGGAGCCGGUGUAUGCCAAACCCCUUAGAGCCAAGUAGAACAGGAACUGGCGCAUCUCAGACCCCCACGCACACAGUGGGCCAGCCUGAUGCAGCCCCCUCUCAGUGGGCCUGGCACCGAACAAAAGGACCCUACAAGAGGUUUCUGUGUUCCUCUCUGCUGUCCAAACCAGAAGGAUCAUCAUCUGAUCGUAGAGCACACAGAGACUAUCAGUUAGAUUGUUGUGCUGCACUGAAAACAAUAUGUAUUUAACAUGUUUGCCAUUGGUUUACAAUAAAUGCGUGACAUUUUUAGUAACUGAUACAUGCAUGUUAUUGUAUAAGUGUGUAGUUAUGAGUUAUGGCGUCAGUAUGUAGUUAUGGAAUGUGAAAUGUGGCCUGACAUGCUGGCUUGCUGACUGAUGAAGCAGAGCUCCGUAUCGUGCCUGUUCCCGACAGAACCCAGACGGGGUUGAUCAGGUCUGCUCCAUAUUGACAUGCUAAUUUGGCCUCAUGGAACUGUUCUUUAAAACGCCGUCUCGCUCUUCGCACAAUGCGACGAAGGUACAGGCACCCAAGCUGGGCGCGUCAACAGAAACUCAAGCUGUGUGAGCCGAUUCUUUGGAUCGUAACAAGGCACUGCUCUGCGCACACUCAUUAUCAGACGUCUGCCUUUAAUCUCAUACGUUUUAAAGGGAAGCAAGACUUCACACUCGGGAGGUGGACAUUAUUAUAUUUGUUAAUGCAUAUAUGUCUCACGUACACAAUGUCCCCACCACCUCAUCAGGGAGCUUGUAGGCAUCCAACAAUGAUUGUAAAUAAAUUGCAUAUUGUUCAGA